UUGGAUUUCGAGCUGUGAAGUAUUUAUCAAGUAGGACUCUAAGUAAAUCUACAGUAAUAAUUAAGAGGUUUAAACAACUCAAUACUGCACUUGGAUUAGAAUGAUUCUUUCUCAGUAAUAUUUGCGUUCCCUAUGAACAAUUAGGUCCGGACCUCUUCGAUGAGUCUUGUCCUAACUGAUCACGAGUCAUCAAGAAUGCUGAAGAGAUGACCAAACUCUACGAAUUUAACUGGCAACGACCUGUGCCGCCAGCGCUGCUCAAAGGCUGCAUAUUUGACCGGUGGGAAGAGGAAAAAGAACAAGUCGCUUAUGAACCCAACGCCUUAUUCAAGGUCGAUGAAUAUGGCUUCUUCAUCUACUGGAAAAGCGAAGGAAGGGACGGUCAAGCUCUUGAACUUUCGCAAGUGAAUGAUAUACGAGCUGGAGGCAUCCCAAAAGAUGCAAAGCUACUUGCGGAGUUACAAGCCAAGAGUAAGCACAAUUUAGAAGAUGUUUGCCUCACCAUCUGCAGCGGUUCUGACAUGGUCAAUAUCAACUAUACGCAUGUCGUUUGUCCUGACGUCGAGACGGCAAGGGAAUGGCAAGCCGGUCUUCGAAAAAUUACAAACAAUAUUAAAGCUAACAAUGUUUGUCCUAUGACGUGUCUCAAAAAGCACUGGAUGAAACUCGGUUAUCUGGUGGACCCGGAAGGAAAUCUACCCAUCAAAAGGAUAGCACAAACUUUUGCAUCUGGCAAAACAGAAAAAUUAGUCUACCAAUGCAUUGGAGAGGUCGGGCUACCAAAUGGAAAGAAUGACGUCAUCGAUGGAAGGGAUUUUACAUUUGAAAAAUUUCAUCAACUGUACAACAAGCUCUGCCCAAGAAGUGACAUUGAAGAGCUUUUUAAAAACAUAACUCAAGACAAAAGUGAUACCAUUACUGCAAAACAACUCAUCAACUUUUUAAAUAAGAAACAGAGGGAUCCGCGGCUAAACGAAAUCUUAUACCCAUUCUAUGACGAAAUGAGAGCGAGAGAGAUCAUCGCCACCUAUGAGCGAAAUACGGAAUUAGCGACACAAGGUCUCCUGAGUCAAGAUGGUCUCAUCCGGUACCUGAUGUCUGACGAGAAUGCACCUGUGUUCUUGGACAGACUGGACAUCUACAUGGAUAUGGACCAACCUUUAGCUCAUUAUUACAUCAAUUCCUCACAUAACACUUACUUGACUGGGCGACAGUUCGGUGGCAGGUCGUCCGUCGAGAUGUACCGACAAGUGUUGCUGGCAGGAUGCAGGUGCGUUGAGCUUGACUGUUGGGACGGAAAAGGUGAAGAUGAAGAACCAAUUAUCACUCAUGGCAAGGCCAUGUGUACGGAUAUCUUAUUCAAAGAUGUUAUCGCUGCCAUUCGAGAUUGUGCUUUUGUUACUUCAGAUUAUCCGAUUAUCCUCUCGUUCGAAAACCACUGCAGCAAAAAGCAGCAGUACAAACUUGCAAAAUAUUGUGAUGACUGUCUUGGAGAUUUGCUCCUCAGAGAACCUCUUUCUGGAUAUCCACUUGAACCUAAUGUUCCUCUGCCGAGUCCAAAUGAUCUAAAAAGAAAGAUCAUCAUUAAAAACAAGAGGUUACGACCAGAAGUAGAAAAACAGGAACUCGAACUGUGGAGGAAAGGUCAGCUGCAGAAUGAUGAUGAUGAUGAUGAUAAAGAAGAUGCUGCCCCAGACCUCACGCUCAUCACAGAUGAAAUUGUCCAGGAUGGAGUUCCUCUGGAAUUUUCUCGGAAACUUUCAACUGCUGAACACGAAAAGAAGGUAAGUUUCAAUACUGGGAAUCUAUGUAAUGGUGGUUCAUCGUGCAGGGGAUCUACGAAGUCCCCAGACAUAAAGGAACCACCUCAGCUGGCAGAACAGAUAGCGAUCGCUAACUAUAAAUAUACGGGUGCGACGGUUCACGUGCAUCCUUAUCUCUCUUCUCUUGUCAAUUACGCACAACCCGUGAAGUUCCUAGGAUUUGACGUUGCUGAAGAGAAAAAUCUACAUUACAAUAUGUCUUCCUUUGCCGAGAACACUGCCCUGGGUUAUUUGAAGUCACAAGCUAUAGAAUUCGUCAACUACAAUAAACGACAACUCAGUCGUAUCUAUCCAAAAGGAACCAGAGCAGAUUCUAGUAAUUAUCUUCCUCAAAUAUUUUGGAAUGCUGGAUGCCAAAUGGUGGCUCUGAACUUCCAAACAUCGGAUUUACCCAUGCAGCUCAAUCAAGGAAAAUUUGAAUACAAUGGAGGCUGUGGGUACCUUCUGAAGCCAGAUUUCAUGCGUCGUCCAGAUAAAACGUUCGAUCCGUUUGCGGAGUCUCCCGUAGAUGGAGUGAUUGCGGCACAGUGUUCGGUUCGGGUCAUUUCAGGCCAGUUCCUCUCCGACAAGAAAGUCGGCACCUACGUCGAAGUGGACAUGUACGGACUGCCCACCGACACCAUUCGAAAAGAAUUCCGCACCCGUCUCGUACCCUCCAACGGACUCAACCCCGUUUACAACGAAGAGCCCUUCGUCUUCAGAAAGGUAGUUCUUCCAGAUUUAGCAGUUAUCCGAAUUGCAGUGUAUGACGAAAACAGCAAAAUGUUAGGGCAGAGAAUUCUUCCUCUUGAUGGCCUGCAGGCAGGCUAUCGGCAUGUUUCUCUACGGACGGAGGGUAAUUUUCACAUGUCUCUUGCUAUGCUGUUUAUAAGUAUUGAGCUCAAGAUUUAUGUUCCGGAUGGUUUAGGUGAUUUGAUGGACGCCUUAUCUGAUCCUCGGGCUUUCCUUUCUGCUCAGGAGAAAAGACUGGCUCAGAUGCGAGCCAUGGGCAUUGAAGAAGCGGACAUCCAGACCAAAGAUCUUCAGCUAGGAGCUACCAAUUCCAUCACCAAGAAAGAUGAAGAUAAGAAAGAUGAUUUCAAAAUUGAACCAAUCACGGCUGAAACACUGAAAACAGAAAAAGCGUUUCUUAAACUCAUUCGAAAACAGCAAAAAGAAGUGGAUUCUCAGAAGAGGAAACAGCAUAAAGAAAAAACUGUCAUACAGAAACAACAAUGCUCAGCAAUUGAUAAAGCUGUAAAAAAUAUUAAAAAACGAGAAGGUGUUUUCCUGACUGAGCGAGUUCUUUCAUUAAACAGCACUGAUGAUAUGGCCAAUGAUCCACAAAUCCGCGAGCUGGUGGUGGCUCAGAUGAAGCAGUGGUCGGCCAUGAUGGAACGUCACAGGAGGGAAGAAUGGGAUCUGCUCAAGACCCACUUGAUUCAACAAAGAGAAAUUCUGCAAAGGCUCAUGGAGAUCGCUCAAGCAUCGCAGAUGAAGCAGCUCGAGGCCAAGUUUGAAAGGGAAAACAAGGAAAUGAAGGGAAAGCAAGCAAAGGUGUCAGUAGAAACUGCAAGAGAAGUAGCCAGUGAUAAAACACUCCGAAAUAAAGCCGAAAGAGAGAGGAGAUUGAGAGAAAAAAAUAGCAACAAUACCAAGAAGUUUAUCGAAGAAAGGAAAACCGCAGCGUUAAAGCAAAGUAAAGAAAGAGAAAAGCUUAAGAAAGUUCACGAAAAACAACUUCAAGACCUCGCCAAAGAAACAGAAUUAGCGAUAGAAUCUUAUAACAACGCUGAAGCAGAGUAUAAGCUGGCUGCGAAGCUAGAGUGUUUUAUAUAAAACUGAAGAAUGUAAUGUGUCCAACUGCCAAUCAUUCCUUAACUUUUCGUCUGAUUUUGAGCAUUAGGUUUGCUUUCUGCGUGGAGCAUGCGCUGAAAAUUUGUGCCAAAUGAACAAGUACUAGAUUCCUUAAAGCAUGCUAGUCACGAACUAUUUUGUUUAUUUAGUUACUUAUAUCUAAAAUAUGAAGAAUAUUUCAUAAAUAUGAUAAAUAAUAUAACAAUAAAUCAGAAUAAAGAAUCUGAAUAGUAAAUUUUAAGAAAUAAUAGGUUUUACUGAAACUUGCAUUUCAUCUUAUUUUGUUUAACAUUAUGUGGCAUGAAACGAUUCUGUGAUAUAAUGCUUAGUUAAGAUAAAAUGUUAAGGAAAGUUUAUAAACAAGUUAAACUGUAGACGUACUCUAAGAAAUGUAAUCUAAACAUAUUAGAAUAUUUAGAUUUUAAGAGCAUCAGAUGGUAUGAAAGAUAUGGAACUUGAAACUUGUGCUAACACAUAAAAUGGCGAGAUUUCAAAAAUAUAAACACGAUGGUAAAUACGGUAUUGUGUAAAUAAAUCUGUGAUUCUGGGAAAAUAAUACAUAAUUUUUUACUGAAUACAAUGUAUUUUAGCUUUCUCUACAUAUAGAGAGAAAACGUACAAAAUUUUUCUACUUUCUUGUGUAUUAUUCAUUGUUCUAACAUAUAAUCAUAUUGUUAAACUGAAUGUAUAAUCAUACGUCAUUUAAAUAAUUUGUUAUUCGUGAUGAAUUCAUGGAACACUGAGGCAAAAUGCUGAAACAUACGCGAAAUUUCCAAUGCACAGUUUAUUCUAUUAAGCUGUUGAAUGAGAAGAGUUAUUUAAUGUCAUUUGCUUCAUAAUUCGUUAAAUCAACUAAUGUUAUUAAACACUUUUCUCAAUCUGCUUGUCAAUAAUUAUAAAGGGUCUCUUAACAUUCAUAUGUCAAUAAAAAAUGGAGAAUUGUUGGCAGAAAACAAAACAUAUACUAAAUAAGUUUCAUAUCUUUCUAUAUUCUGACUUUGUUGUUACAGCUCAAUCAAACCUUACUUUUUCUAGGUACGAAAAAUAUGCAGAUUUGCGUUGUUUGAUAAAAACUAUUUUUUCAUCAUCAUUAAUGCUAUUAAAAAUUAAUGAUUACAUGAUUUAUCUAAAAAUACUCUUUAACUGCUAGCUGACGCUCGAGAAAAGAAAGCAAUGAAAAUAAAUUAUCUUUAACACUUAAGUAUAUUAAUAAUUGCUGAAAAUUUAAAUUAUUAAUUAGGUUAUUACAUAUUAUGCGUUUUAUGAUCUUAAAUUAUUAAAUAAUUUUAAAACUCAAAUGUUUUCCUUAAAAUUUGAAAGUUAACAGAAUUCCUUUUUGCAUGUAGUUACACAAGUCACUACUGAUACAUAAUUAGAAUUUUUGUAGCAUUUAAGAUAUAAUUAUAUGAUGGUGCUACUACUGUUCAUGUGCUAACAAAGAUUACUUAUUCAUAAUUUUAUAAUUAUUUAAUUUAUUGUUUAAAAUCUUGGUUCAACAACAAUGUAUACAGUUUCGCUCAGUUAACGAAGACUGUAAUUAAAUGUAAUGCAAUUUCCCACUCAGUUCAAAAUGUGAUUGUUAAUUGAAAUGAACGAGUUUUUACUCGUUAUAAUGAUUAUUUGAUUCAGACAUAGUAGUCUGAAAAUAUUGCCUGUUUUCCCUUUCAGAAUAUAUAUAUUACUGUUCAUCUUUCAAGCAGAUAAUGUAAUCUGUAACUUUCCAUAACACAUAAAAAAAUUAAAAAAAUUAAUUCAUUUUGUAGAAACUGCCUUCGAACUAAUUUCCUUGUAUUUUUUCGUGUAUUAGAUUUCAAAAAUCUGUUUAAAUCUUAUUUAUUAUUUGAUAAUAAUAGUAAUAAAUUCAAUUUAUUUAAUAAAUUUUAUUAUUUCUAGCAAUCAAUGCAUAAAACAUUGUAUUAAAAUUGAAAGAAUUUCAAAGCUUUAGUGUCAAAUUUUCGAAGUCAAAUAUUCAUUAUCAUGUAAAUAAGCUAAUUUAAUACUGAAGAAUAUAUACUAUAUAUCAUAGUUUAUAUACCUUGUUGUGUGAAAUUUUUAAACAGUGAUCAAAUAAUAGAUAUAUAUAUAUAUAUGUUUCACAAAUUUUAUACAUCAGGUGUGUGACAGUAUAUAUUAUGGAUGUUACAAAAGAAUUAACACUAUUGGGAGAGGAUAUACUAUUAUGAAGAAAUUCGUGGAUUGUUUACUUCACUUUCGCUUUUACGAUUAAGCACAUAAUAUGACAUUUUUCAUAAAACUCCUGAAUAAAUAGAAUGAAGAAACCGGAUCCAAUCUUAAAGAGUUUAGAGGAUUAUAUGCAUUCGAUGUUUUUCUCAUCUCUUUAGCGCAGAUGUUUAAUCUCAAAAUAAUACUGCUGUCUUCAGACAAAGACAUAUGGUUAUUUUAGCUGCUAUAAAGUAUGAAGCCGGAAAUAAAAUUUUUUCUUAAUGUCAAAAAAAAAAAGGGAGAAGAAAUUAAAUAUGUAUGAACUUGUCUUUCUCAUAUAUCAAGUAUUUUAAAAGCACUUUACUUUCUUUAGAAUAUUUUACAUGUAUAUAUUGACUAAACUGUAUAUAGUUGAUCAAAAGAAUAUAUUGUAAAUUAAGUUUUUAUUUGUUUUAUGUUCAUUCAUAAAUGUAGUAAGCAUAUGGCUUAUUAAAACCUGUGUUACUUGCGUUUCUACAUUCUUAUCAAAGUAAUAGUGCAUAUGAAUAAAUUUUCAUUUGCCCUUCAAGUUUUAAAAAAAUAUUAAAUUGUUUUUAUUAAUUGGAA